GUGGUAAAGGUAACCUUACUUAGGCUUGAACAACCAACUAAGGCCUCCUCAAAACCCCUUAAAUUAUAACUUAUAAUAUCUCCAAUACUUGCAAAAUACAAAGGAAAAAAAAAUGGUUAGUCCAUCCAUUAAUUCCCAUAAUUUUCCUCUAAAAUUCCUUUGUAGCUAUGGUGGCAAGAUUAUCCCCCGUCAAACCGAUGGAAAACUCCGGUAUUAUGGUGGCGAAACUCGUGUCCUCUCCGUUGAUCGUUCCAUUUCAUUCACAGAACUAUUAGUGAAGCUAGGGGAGAUGUGUGGAUCGUCCGUGAGUUUAAGAUGUCAGUUACCAAACGAAGAUCUAGAUGCUCUUGUAUCGAUAACAUCCGACGAAGAUUUAGCCAAUUUAAUCGAAGAAUAUGAUCGUGUUUCAAAAAUAUCAUCGUUUCUCAAGAUGAGGGCUUUUUUAUAUCCACCAAAAUCCACAAAAAAAGUUGUAUCUCCUACACCUUCUAUUGCUUCUACCUCAUCUACCAAUAGUACCACUAUCAGCAACCCUGAUGCCACGUCAUCACCAAGUUCAUUUUGUUCAACCGUGACUAGCCCUCCUACGUCAACGAGGCAUCAUGAUUGUCCAAGACCAUAUAAGAAAAUGGCACGGAAUUCUUUAGAUGAAACAAUUAGCGGACGCAUACGUCAUAUUAGAACAAGAUCGUCACCGGUGAUGUUUCCUAUUUGUCAUGAGAAAGUCACGGCCAAGAUUCCUCAAUAUGCUUAUCAUCAUAGUCAUGGGAAUAAUAGUAGACAUAUUUAUUUGGUUCACCAUGGCAACCAAUAUUGGCAAUAACAUUUGAUAUUUUCAAUGGACAAGGGCAAUAUUGGAACAUAUAUAUACUUUUUAUAUAGAGAAAAAAGAAAACCCCAUCAAGAAAAAAAAAAGAGGAUGAUAUAUAUAUAUAUUUUUAUGUAAGAAGAGAGUGUAUAUGUCAAUAACAAAUUGGUAGUUAUUGUGUCAUAUAUAUUGAGGGUCCAAUUUUGUUUUUUAAUAAUUUGUCAUUGAUCUAUAGUAGUACCAUGGAUGGAUAUUCACCA